AUGAAAAGAGCCGAACGAAGGCGGUUUAUUGGUGAAAACGACAAACCAAGUUACAGACAGGGUUCGAACGAGACGAAAUGUACAAGCCAGACCCGAUGCUUUCCUGCCUCCGGUCUGCCGGCUCGAGGUGCCAUUCGAGAGCAGACGAGCUGCCCACUUUCCAAUGCCCGAGGGGCAGGAUGUCAGAAUUUUGCCACACUUUGUGCGGAAAACUAUGGCCGCCCCUCAAAAGCCGCAAGCUAUGCCGAUUGUGGGCAUGAAAACUGUCGGAAAAGGGCUCGAAGUCGCCGGCACAACGACGAGGAGAAUAGUCUCUGCCUCUGA